UUAAAACCAACGUGGAAGAGGAACAGAGAAAAAGGUUCGAGGAUCAGCUUGUGGCAGAGCACAGUAGGAUAAAUUCUCUAAACCGCUCGCCACCGCUCAAUGCCACACUGCAGGCAUUUAAUAGAAUCCUAGAAAAUAAUGAAAUGAAGAAACAGGCUCUGAUCCCGAAUGAAACAGAACUGAUUGCAGGAAAGAAGCGACAAAGGAGCCCUGAAGAAAUGAGGGAAACGAAAUACACGAUUUUAUGUAAACAAAUGUGCGACAUACAACAAAUAGUAAUAAGCUUACAUGAUACGGCCAUAGGCAACACUAACACGAAAGUAGAAAUUAAGAAAGGAGUAAAAGAACUAAAAAGAAAAAUCGAAAGGAUGAAAACAAAAAUGGAUGACUUUGAAGAAUAUAGUAACGAACAAAAACUAAGGCGAGCCGAAAGGAAGAAACAAAAGCACCAACAAUUACUAAAGAGACGAGAACCAUCGAAACGCAAGUAGACUCAAGAAUGAUCGAGCAAGAAACACGUGCUAUAAAGAUAGAACAAGAAAAGCUAUGCGAGGAAGAGCUAGAAAAGAAAGGAGGAUGAGAAGGUCUAAAGAAAAUUAUAGAUCUUACAUGGACGGACAGGCUAUACACAAAUAAAAGGUUAUUACAAGACAGGAAGAAAAUGGACCCUGGUGAUAUGGUACUGUUCGUAGACCCAGAGAAAGCCAUAGAAGAAAACCUAGCGAGAGAAGUCAGCGCACAUUUCACUGAUAUUAGGCCGCUGGUACGAAAAGGAAUAGCAGAAAUGAGACACAUUAAGGAGACAACCGAAAUGGUGAAUGAGGAUGGAGGAAAAGAGGAAAAAACAAAUCACCUAUGGGUGGUCCCCCUAACUACGGUACAUGAAGCUGACAGGAUCUAUAAUCAAAUAGAGGAGAUUAAAUCAAAAAUUACCGGGAACGAAGGUAAAAAAAUAAACAUGAUUACCACAGAAUAUCCAAAAGACCGAUACAUCAGGAAAUGCACGGAAGCGUUAUUUCAUAAAACGGAAACCCAGGUAACAAUAUGGAACAACUGUACUGACAAAGUAACUAAAGAACAAGAAAACACCCAAAAAAUCAUCAUGAGGACGGAUGGAAAGGAUUAUGCCAAUGCUCUUAAAUCCAUCAAAGAAACAGUUAACCUGGAUAGGAUCGGGGUACAGAUUAAAAAUAUCAGUAAGACUGCACGGGGAGAUGUGCUCAUGGAGAUACCAGGAGGUAAACAAAAAGCACAGGCGCUUAAAGGAGCUAUAGAAAAAGAAAACAAUGAAUCCAAAGUAGAAAUUCGAAGGGAUACGAGUAUAAUAUAUAUAUAUAUAUAUAUAUCGGAUAUAGAAGCCGAUAUAGAGGAAGACAAUGUAAAAUAUGAGAUAAUAAAUAACGUCAGGAAACCCUUGGAUGGUGAAAUCCAUAUCGAAGUAAAAAUUAGAACAAAUAGAAAUGGCAACCAAAAUGCAAUGGUCAUCUUGGAUAGGGAUGCUGCGAGAGAAAUUAUAAGAAUGGGAAGCAUAAAAAUAGGAUGGAUGUCAUGUAGAGUAAGAAGCAGAAUCUCACUCACCAGAUGUUACAAAUGCCUGGGCUUUGGACACUACACGGCCUAGUGUAAGGGGCCUGAUAGAUCAAAAAACUGCAUGAAUUGCAACCAAGUAGGACACACUGCAAAAGAAUGCAAAAAUGACCGUUUCUGCACUAGUUGCAAACAAGAGGGCCAUAGAGCUGAUCAAAUGGCAUGCCCAAUAUUCAGAGAUGAAAUAAACAAAAAAUCAAGGGAAAUAGAGGACAAAAAAAUGGCAAAACGGAAGCCAACCCGAAGAACGACGGCACGAGAGAGCCUCCGUGAUUUGGAUGAAGUGUUUACAGGUUAACAUAGGUAGAACAAAAUAUCAAUAUCGUUACCAAGAAGGGGUAUAUAACGGACAUAAAAAAAGAUGUGGCUGUAUACAUAAGCAACAAAAAC